UACCCAUUAGUGUCGUUAAACGAUCCAAAUUUUCGCUAAUAAAUAAUAAUCCAAUAGAGGCUUCUCCCCAACGUCUACUACAAAAUAUCUCAUAAGCGGGUUUCAGCGAGAUAAGUGUUUCUUGGGUAAAAACUUAUCUUCUAUUGUAGAGGAGGCCUUUGCCCUAAAGGUGGGGCAUUAUUCUGUAGACGAUGAAAUUAGAACUUAAUAUUAAAUAGAUUGAAAGAAUAGGUUUCAUUGAUUAUGACCAGGUUCAGUCAGCUUAACAUACCUAUUCUACGAGGCACAAAGGGAAUGUCAAAUUCAUUGACUUUGAUUUAAUUGACUAGAUAAAAAACUAGUUUGCUCGAAAUUAAUAACUUAAAUUAUACAAUCAAAACCGUUUAUGGCGACAUCGUUUAGAACAACAUACCGGUUAAAUUGACCAAAAUCAAAGUUCCUGGCUGAAUCCUAUAUGACCACCUUAUCGGAAAACAUUGGUUUUUACGACAUUGUUUACUACGACAUACCGCAUUAAGCGACCACAUUUGGUUAAUGUUUUCGGAGAAUUAUAUCUGUAGAACGACCGGUACAGCUGUAUUGUAAACAAUUUGAAUAGGUAACAGUAUCCACAUCUGGCACAGUAUAAUGGUCAAUGGCUAUUAUCGUUAAAGUAAACUAAUUCUUAGAAACAAAGCACAUCCAUGCCGUAGCCUCGAGGCCCGCUUCGUCAUAUCUGUUAUGUCAGUUUGUUACUUAUCGUUACACAAGACGCCCCAAAACAUAUUGUUGAGUUAACUGUGAAAAUUGUAACAUGUCGCAAAAAAAGAAAACAAUUCAAUAUCUAAGAAAAAUCGCGUAUUAUUUCAAAGCUAGAGAAAGGAAUUCCAAACAAAGACCUGGCAAAAGAAUAUGGUGUAUCACACUCGACAAUUUCAACCAUUUGGAAAGAAAGGGAGAAAAUUCAAAUCCUUUACAACAAGAAUUUUUUGAAAAUCAAAGGAGCCAGAACAACGCGGCUUACGAAGAUUGACGAAGCUUUGUUAAAGUGGUUUAAAUAUCAAAGGACAAAUAAUGUGCCAAUAAAUGGACCAAUUCUUCAACAAAAAGCAAACGAUUUUGCUCAACGUUUUGGGGAAGAUUUUGUUUGCUCGUCUAGUUGGAUUCAACGUUUCCGGGCUCGACAUGGCAUUGUCGGCGGGAAAAUGAGUGGUGAGUGGUUUUGGUGUACACAAAAGUGGCCUUCAUUAUGCGAAGGCUACAGUCCAGAAGACAUUUAUAAUGCAGACGAAACCGGACUUUUUUUCAAUAUGACACCAGACAGGAUUUUAAAAUUCAAAGGAGAAAAUUGUUCGGGAGGAAAAAUGUCCAAGAAGAGACUAACUGAUCCUGUAAAAGGAAGCUUUUAGUUAUUGGGAAAUCUAAGAAACCGAGAUGCUUUAAAAACAAACGCUCACUGCCGGUAAUGUAUGAAAACAAUGUGAAGUCAUGGACAAGAUCAGAAAUUUUUGAAAGAUGGUUACGAAACUGGGAUGCUGAAUUAAAAGCAAACAAUAAGAAAAUUCUUCUUUUAGUUGAUUCAUUGAUUUGAUUGAUUGAUUCAUUCAUUGAUUCCUGCUCAUCCUGCUGUUACUAAUCUGAAGUGUAUUAAACUCGUAUUCUUACGACCAAAUGUUACAUCUGUACUGCAACCUAUGGACCAGGGUGUAAUAAGAUGUUUAAAAUCUCAUUAUAGAAGACUGCAAGUGUUAAAGUUAAUACAAAGCAUUGACAGUAAUAAUCAGAACAACUUUACGUUUCUUGAUGCCAUCUUGAUGAUAUCAGAAGCAUGGGAAAUGGUUUCACAAAAAACUAUAGCUAACUGCUUUGGGCAUGCAGGUUUUAAAGAACUUACAACUCUUAUAACAAGAACCUCAGAUGAUGUGAUUGACGAUAAUGAAGACGACAAUAUUUCUUUGGCUCAAUUUGCCCAAAAUUUACGACCUGCUUUAUCUACUACUGAAGCAGACGUGUUCGUUGAUGUUGAUCAGUCUAUUGCAAUUUGUGCACCAGCUAAGGAGGAUGAUAUUGUACAUGAAGUUCAAGAGGAAAAUGAAAAAGAACAGGAAGACUCGGAGGAACAAUUUACAGCGCCAACUUUGAUUGACGGUCUCAAUGCUGUUAGUGUAUUAAGAAAGAUUGUUCUUUUUAAUGAAGAGCUACACAUGCAGGUAAUUGAAGAACUAGAUGGAAAAGCGAAGUUGCGUAAAUGGCUAAAUAUGAAUUUUAGAAUAGAAAUGACUGAUGGCAGAGUUCUCAUAGGGAUAUUUCUGUGUACAGAUCGUGAUGCCAAUGUAAUAUUAGGUGCCUGCUCAGAGUAUCUAAAAAGUAAUGAUGGUGAAACCGAGGAGCCAAGAGUUUUAGGCCUUGUCAUGGUGCCUGGACGUCACAUAGUGUCCAUACAAUUAGAUGACACAACACCACCGCCAAAGAUCACACAACAAAAAUAUUUUGUUUGAGAGUACUAAUAAAUUUACAUAGUCUGCCUGUACUGCAAAGAGCUUUGCAGCAUAUGGAAUAAUAUAUCUUGUGCUAUAAGAAACAUCACAGU